AUGUCCGUGCUGGGUUUCGACGAGUUGAGCCUGAUCCUCCAAAGGGUCGCCAGCCCAGACCGGAAGUCGUUCUCCGAAGUCUGCAGGCAGUGGCUGCGGGUGGAGGGCCUGAGCCGGGAGGGGAUUAGGGUUCUUGAGCCCGAUCUGCUGCGUUGCUUCCUGCCCAGGUUCCCAAACUUGGCGAAGUUCGAGUGCUCCAAGGUGCUCACGGACGCCGAGGCCGAUUUCGUGGCGAGGACGUGCCUGAAGAUCGAAUCUUUGAACCUCAGCCGCAAGCAGCCGCGCGACGCGUCCUGGGAUUCCGGCGAGCGCUCGGACGCCGACGAUUUGGGGAGCGAUGGGCUGUGUGCGCUGGCGGGCGGGUGCCCGAGGUUGUCGGAGGUUCUGUUGAGGAGGAGGAAGAAUGUUGAGGACGUGGGGGUUGUGUCACUGGUUGAGCGUGCCAAGAAUUUGAGGACCUUGGAUUUGGGUUGGUGCAGUUUGAUUACUGAUCAGUCUCUAGAGGCGAUCGGGCGAGCGAAUUGUGUUCGCACCUUGAAUUUGGAAGGUUGCUCGAAGAUUUCGGAUGCCGGGUUGGCUUAUUUGGCGAGCGGGUCUUUGGCAAGGACUCUGAAGAAGUUGGUUCUUGCGGAAUACUGCGGGCCGAGGGUCACUGAUAAUGGAGGAAUUGCAAUUGCUGCUAUUAAAUCCUUGAGGAAGCUAAAUUUGGCGUGGCUGAUAAAUCUAUCUGACACCACUCUCUUUGCGGUUGCUGAGAAAUGUGAAAAUUUGGCGUCCAUUGAUUUAACUGGCUGUGAGCUGAUUAGUGGAGCUGGAAUUCGCGCUUUUGAGAAUCAUUCUUGUUUGGAUACUCUAGUUUUGGCUAAUUGUUACAGUGUUAAUGUGCAUGACCUAGAGCAGAUGGUGCUUGGAUGCCAAUCUCUGCAAAAUAUGGUGCUUCCAAAAGGGUUGAUAAUGUGGAUGCCAGAAGCAAUGCGAGAGAACAUCUGUAGACUAUGUAGUGUUGAUUGGAAAUGA